CAGUGUCCUAUCCAGGACAAGCCAAAACUAGGUCGCCGCAUCGCUUUAAAAGCCAUACCUCCAAGAACCGUGUGAGAAGAAAUCCGUACUGGCAUCAGGAGAGGUGGAUUUUUCCUUAAGAAACGGUUGAACGGGAGAGAAGUCGCAAUAACUUAAUCGAAGGUACAGCAUACGUCAUCAAUAAGGAUGGAUGUCGGGAUGUGUUUUAGAAGUUUCCUUCUCCUCGGCAUUGUAGUUGCGGGGAAUGUCUCAGGAAGCAAGAUCCUUCUCGUCUCGCCUUUGAUUCCAAGUCACAUUUUCACAAUGACCCACAUCGGCAAGGAGCUGCUCAGCCGCGGCCAUGACGUCUGGAUGUUGCUGCCCAACUCGGCGAAUCCUCCCCCGCUGGUUAAAAAUUCGGGGAUAAGAUUUAUCCAGUACAGACUCAACAACAGUCUUGAUCCGUUUGAGUCGAUGUUUCAUCAGGAUAACGUCCAGUCUUAUGUCGAGUCGUCGACAUUUUCCCGGGUUCUCUACCUCAAAGACAAAGCGAAAUACCAAUGCCAUAGUAUCCUGGAAAACUACGAAAUGUUCGAGAAACUUCGGAAGAUAAAUUUCGACUUUAUUCUUCUUGAUGACUACGCCUUUACGCUGUGUUUGUAUGUGAUUCCGCAUAAACUGGGCGUCAAAUAUGGCAGUGUCAGCGCCAUUAUUUGGCCAUACGCUUCAAAAAUUAGUCUGCUGCCGUCCAUUGCCCCUGCGAGACACCAUCACAUGACCAACGAAAUGGGAUUUUGGGAACGUCUACUGAACACUAUCUUGAAAAUAUUCGGCGACAUCAUGGUGUAUCAUUUCAUUGAUUCGAACGAGUACAAUCAAUAUAUCCAGGAACGCCCUUACAAGUCACUCACGCACCUAGCAAGUCAGACAUCUUUCUGGCUAAUAGAUCAAGACAUCCUACUGGACUAUCCCGUGCCGCUUAUGCCAAAUAUGAUAUAUGUUGGGGGUCUCUCGACCGAACCUCACAAACGUCUACCAGAUGAAAUGCGCUAUUUCGCGGGAAAUGCAACAAAUGGGUUGGUCGUUGUGUCGUUUGGCAGUACCAUUUCCAAUAUUCCGGAUGAGAAAAUGAUCCUAUUCUUGGAGGCGUUUAGGCAACUGAAUCAAAGUAUCAUCUGGAAAUACCGUUUUAGGCGAGAGACGGCGGGUUACUCAAUUCCAAGUAAUGUUUUGAUUAGAGACUGGAUACCUCAGAAUGAUAUCCUUGGACAUCCAAACACGCAGUUGUUCAUUACACAUUGUGGGAAUAGUGGACAGUUUGAGGCUCUCUACGGGGGUGUCCCAAUGAUCGGCUUCCCGCUGACCGCAGAACAACCAUACAACGCCAGGAGACUUCAGCACAAAAACUACGGCAUCACCCUGAACAUCAAAUCAUUCACAGCCGAAGAACUAGUGCAAAGCGUCAAAGAAGUCUUGGGGAACCAAAUAUAUUCAAGGAACAUCAAGACUGCUUCAAAAAUCUUUCGAUUUCAAGGUAGUCCUAGAGAAAGAGCAGCAAAAAUGAUAGAACGGGUAAUAGAAUUCGGCAGUGGUCAUCUAUCAAGCCCAGAGUUGAGUGUCCAGCAGCUAUUGUUGUAUGAUAUUGUUGUGUUUUUGUGUAUUUGUUUAUGCGUAGCGCAAUAUGUGAUACGAAAGACCUUUAAGUACGGGCUACCAUAUAUUUUCGCGGCACUGAAGUCAAAAAGGGACUAAUCUUGAUUAGUCGAGGGUGGUUUGUGGCUUCAGCCAGAGAGGUUUAAAAGAUCCGGAAGGAUAGCGACAUACGUGACAAAGAUUUUCUCUAUUUCUAUACACCUCCUUCUUUACUUCCGCUCUCUUCUCUGCAAUCUUUCAGCACUCCUUUGAAGCGCGUCAUUCGCGUUCGAGAUCUCGCUACCUCUCCUUUUCCUUUCAUGUUACCCUCCUUUUACUCGGUAAUCUGUCGCCAUAUACAAGGGUCGUUCAAUUCGCGCUCAAGAUAUCGACUUCUCCUUCUCUAUACACUUUCCCGUCUUUUUACUCCACAAUUUGUCAUCUCUCCGUUGACAGUCGUUUACUAGGCAACCUGUGGCCAUUUUCUUGACG